AUGGCUGAUAUCAUGUAUUUCAAGCUAGACAGAUUCGGAAAAGCGCACAGGAAGGCGCUGCUUGGGGCCCCUGGAACCGUUAAUACGCCUCUGGUAGAGGAGACACUACAAAAGCAGGAACAGCAGCAACAAACACAACAGAACCAAAAGAGGCAACUGCCAACGCAGUCAUUGCUAAAACAGCAACUGCAACAGGAGAAACAAAAGCAAUUUCAGAAGCUUCAAAAGCAACUGCCAACGCAGCCAUUGCUAAAACAGCAACUGCAUCAGGAGAAACAAAAGCAAUUUCAGAAGCUAAAAAAGCAACUGCCAACGCAGCCAUUGCUAAAACAGCAACUGCAUCAGGAGAAACAGCAAGAACAACAGCUAGUGCAACAACAGCUAUUGCAACAACAGCUACUGCAACAACAGGUAUUGGAACAACAGCAACUAGUACAGGACUUGAUGAAAGAGGUUGAUAUAUAUAAAAACUAUAUUAAAAACCAGCACCUGCAGCUGGAAUUAAAAGACAAACAGCUAAAACAACAGCAGCAGCAACUAGUAGAGAAAGAUAAACUGCUGAAAGAGCAGCAGCAGCAACCACCGCUGUGCAGUUCUUGCGGGUAUAAAGUUCAGCAAAAACAGCGAAAUAUCCGGAACAUCUCGAUGAACGCGACCAGUUGGCUUUAA